UGAUGGAGGUCUGCAAUGUCAGGACUGUCUCCCACACAGCAGGGGGCGCUACAGAGGAACGCGUCCAAACCAGUGUUCACCUUCCACCCGGCGGCUCUCCAACAGGGACACACAUGUUACAGAGCACAGAUGGAUGUUUUCAUCAAGCGCAGCGCAUCACAGAUGGAAGUCAACACCGAGAAGACCAGCUCUCCAGAGCUGCUUUCGUGCGGCCACGGAGGAGGUAUUCAUGACAAAUUGCUGCUCAAACCGAAGCUCAGCAGCUCGUUGCAGACCGAGAAGCUUCCGAGGAGCAGCGUGUUGGGACGCCUUCAGAAUUUCCUGCCCCAGAUGGCCGCAGCCAACGACAAGUUGAUGGUGCAGAUCCAGGAUUCUCCCGCCGGACAGUUCGACAUAGAGCAAGUGGAGGAGGCGGAGCGGGUCAUAGAGAUGGACGUCGCCUUAGUGGAGCUCAGUGGAUCUGAGGAUGAGGAGGAGGAGUCAUCGGAGGAGGAAGAAGAGGAGGACUCUGAUGAGGAGCAGGAGGUGAACCUCAAACUCCCCAGUGACGGCAGCAGGAAGAAGAGAGCCAACAUCCAAGUCCUGGAGACGAAGGCGCAGUAGGAAGGGGCGUCAACAGACUCUUUAAAGAGAAGCUCUCUGAGACGCCUGCCCAUUGGGCCUCAGGAAGGUCACAUGGGACACGUCCGGACCAAUGAGAAGCCUUCAAUCUUCUACGGUGUUUAGUGUCGUUGUAAAGGUUAUCAGGCGGUUAUAAAUGCGAAACGACCACAAGAGGGCGUGUCCAUCCACCUAGAUGUGUGCUGGACAGAAGAUGCUAUCUUCUGUUCGGUCACCACAGGCUAUUGUCAGACUUGAAGCACCAAUCGCCUCUAGUGCUGGGAGAUGUCCCUCGAUAUAGUCUGAGUUUGAGUGAGAUCACUAGAUCAGUUGUAAUAAUCUUACUUUGAGCAGGAGCUGGAACAUCUGGGGUUUGCAAUCUCACCCCACAUUGUUCUUGUAAUUUAUCCGUUACAUUCAGGUCCAAUGUCCACGAUAUAAUUCUGAUUUGUGCUGUAAAUAUGUCUGCUGUAGGUCAAGAUAUAGAAUUUUGCUACUGAAACUUUAUCGUUUUUGUAAAAAGUCAAUGUCCCAAAAAAUGUUUUAUAUUGAUAAUUUGCAGACUUGACUGAUUUAUGAGAAGUAAAAUCACAACUUUUUACCAAACCCAGAUCCCUUUAAUGACCGAGGACACUUUAUUGAGGCGCCUUUCCAUGCGCACAGAAUAGAAAACUGUUCCUUCAUUGUUUAAUACUAUUUCAACCGGCCGUCAAGCGUUAGUCGUACACACACACAACAGAUUCUCUGCAUUUCCUAGCCCUUAGUGUCUUUAGUGAAGACCGAUUCAAUAGAAAAACUAUUUCAUAUGGUAGUGCUCAAUGUUAUUUUUUUCUAGUCAAUCUACUGUAAAGAGUCUCAAAAGAUACCAUAGUUGUAUAUACCAUUGCUAACUGAAAGCGCUUUCAAAAUAUAUAAAAUAGAUAUUUUAUGAAUGUUUUUGCUAAACUAUUUACAAUAAACCAUCCAUUUGACAGAGUUGCGAAUGACUUGCGUUAACGUUUAAGACUCAUAAGGGCAGAGAUGUUGUGAUGUCUGAGAUCUGUGGAAGAAACUCGUGAAGACACACUGAUAUGAAAAGCUUUGAUCUCCUUCCAGGGUCUCAUCUUAAAGUUGGCAAUAGUUUCACAAUAAGGAUUUGGCUUAAAGGUAAUUAUAUUAUUCUUAAACGUCUUGGAGGUCUACAAUGGAUUAACAAUUUGCUCUUUGAGGUCGGUCAGUACGUUCACACUUUAAACGGAUCAGUCGUCAUGAUUUUGUUAUUUCUCUCUCUCGCCAUCUUGUGUGUGUGUGGCUGUCAAGGAGAUGAAGCAUCUGGUCUCGCUGUUUAAAACUAAUAGUCAGGACGUGGGUUGGAAAGAACUGAAAACGUGAAGAUAAAUACUGAACAGAGUUUGAAGGGAGGCCGGAUCACCUCUGCCCCAGAGCAGAGCGCCUUGCCUCGGUUCUGGUAGAUAUAGAAGCUGUUUUCGUGGUGUUGCGGUGGGAUGCACGUUUCUGCUGGGAAACGUUAGGCACGUGGUCCAGGGCUGGAGAAGAGGGGUCCUAACUAUCCUCCCCAGGCGCCCCGGUCCCUUAUUGGGGUAACGCCGUCGGGUGGUGUGGGUUACAUCCCCUGUUUACGGGGGUGGGUUACACCACCCGAGCAGGCAGAAGAGUCCAGUUCCAAAACUUGAGUUGAGUCCAAGGAGAGGAGGUUUGCUCUCUCAGUAUUCCACGGUGACCGCCUUGGUCCUCAGGUAUUCUGACAGAGCAUCCUCCCCUGUAACCAACAUAAGCGAGGAUCACUUUUGAGUUAAUAAUACUAAUUCAGAGCUUUGAUAAUCCGCUCGUAUCAGGACACUGACACAAACGGACGCCUGAUCACAGUUGGCAAUUUACCACCACAUAAGUGUCUUAACAUUAAACCCUAAAGAGUUGAUCUCUCUGCCGAGCAUUAAUAUAUACAGACUGUGGACAAAAAGCUGACAAGCUUUUUGGGAUAUUUCAAUCUUCAUUGAAAUAUCCCACAUUGAGGACUUUAUGAAUCUAGAGGGAAAUGAUAACCAUCUGUCCAAGUUUAUCUGCUCAAGAUAGAACUAUUAUACCAAGGAGAAGCCUAUAAAUAAAUAGAUUAUGAAUAAUCAAGUAUGGCAAUAAAAUACAAAGAUGUUAAAAGGUGACAUAUUAUACCACCAGGUGUGAGUGUGAUUAGCCAUUACAAGCCGUUUUGAAAAUCUUCCGCUUGUCAUCCUGCUUGUAAUGGCUACUCAC